AUGUGUAUCGGGCAGAGAACGGAGCUUUUCCUUGUGGUGUGUUUUUGUUCUGUCCAGGAGAGAACUCAGAGAAAAGAGCUUGAAGAAGAGAUGGCAGAAGCAGCAACCGAGUCACAUGAGGACCCAUCAGAGGAAACAGAGGACCUGGGGCCUCUGGAACCAGAGGACAGUGGUACCUUCCAACAAGUCACAAACAUCCUCAAUAUCAUGGAGAGUGAGUCAACCAAAACGGAUGCUGCAGGAGCAGGUUUCGACAUGAGGAAGAGGCUGGCCUCGGUGAUCAUCCCAGAGAAGGCCACCACCGAGCCUUCCGUGGUGAUGAAUGCUCUCAUCUGCUGCCUGCAGGUCCCGGAGAUUUCCACUCAGCGCAAAGUCAACAUCUACAACAUCCUCCAGGAGUUCACCCAGCAGGAGGAGGAGCGCUCCGUCCAGAGGCUGGUGGCCAUCGCCUCCAGGGAGAUGAGGGGCAUGCUGGAGAUGGAGGGCUACGUGAGGGCAGAGGUGGCCAGCGACACCCUGGUGGCCCUGUCCCGAAACCACUUCAGCCUGGUCAUGUACGAGCUGCAGCACCAUCUCAAACCCCUCAACCUCACGGAAGAAUCUGUCAUCGUCACCCUGGCCAAGCUGGCCAACGGCAACGUGUUUGAGUUCAUGCCACACAUGGGCAUCACCCUGGCCACUGUGUUCACCAUGCUGAGGAUCGCCAGUGAAGCCAAGAUGCGCCAGGUGACCUGUGCCAUGGAGACCUUCUGCGAGACGGUGCAGUUUUACCUGAGGCACUUGGAGGACAGCGUGUACCCCGUGAUGACUGAGGACCAGUUUGCGCUGAAGCUGUUCCCCGUGUAUCGCUACUUCGUGACGGUGUGGCUGCGGAACAACACCCCGGAGGUGAAGCUGGGGGUCAUCAAGUCCCUGAAGCCCAUGCUGAACCUCCUCCUGCCCAGCGAUGCCCUGCGGGACCAGGCGUACCACUCCAUCCCUCUGCUGCUGGCGAGGUACCAGGGCAGCCUGGAGGCGCUCUUUAUCACGCAGGUGAGGGGCCUUGGCUGGGGGCUCAGGGACACUGGUCCUUGGAUGUAA